AUGCUGGUGGCCAGGGACACAGGCCAGUGUGACUGUCGACAAGGACAGGGCCCUGCAGGUGCUGUUACGGAACUCUGCCAGCCCCCGGCCAAGUACGAGUUGACCCAGGCCACGCUGGACCCCUGCCCCAGACCCAGCGCCACCCGUGGGGGGGGACUGGCCAGGGCAAGUCCGAGCAGGAGAUCCAGGGAAAGCCUUGCAAGAGGUCAUGACCUGGGAGCCUCCAAACAAGGCACUGGUGCCUGGCUCUUCCUGUCACUGAAAUGUCCUCGCAGGCAGAGGAAGCUGAAGAGCGAGGUGGAGAAGCUCUUCGAAGACUCUCUGAUUGAGGUCCUUGAGAAGAUCCCCAAGGCCCUGCGUGGAUUGUCUGGCACCUGUCAACUUUGGGACUCCAGCUGGGAUUUCGGGACCUCGGCAGAAGUCCCAUCUGCCUCAUUAGCAUCACCACUGCAGGGGGCAGGUGGGGGCUGGGCUCUCUGUGCCCACCCAUCCCUCCGAGGCACUGUCUCCACAGGCCACAGUGAAGGGGAGGGGCCGGAGGAGGCCCUCGUGGAGACCGUGGUGGAGCACUAUGGGAAGCUCUUCACCAUCAACCAGGACAUCCAGAAGCAUCUGGAGGCCUUCUCCAAGAGGAACCAGGUCGUCCACCAGAGCCUGGGGUCUCUAGAGGAGAGUCAUAGGGCUCUUACCCCGUUUGGUCCCUGGGAAGUGGUGUCAAAGCACCUUCAGGCGACGGAGAUUUCUUUUUCCUCCCAGGAAUUUAUGUUGGACAAAAUGGAGACAGUGAGAUUUAUAUCACUGCGCGUGGAACCCAGAGCGUGCUGGUCAGCGGACAGUGACAAGAGUGAGGGCCUCAGAAGAUACCCCAGGUCCUUCAGGAAAUGCCCAAGGGAUCGAGAUUCGAUCCCCCAAACGCCCUUUCCCAGCACCCAGACUUCAGCACGCUCCAGCCCGUACGGACCAGGCCGGCCACCAAGCCAGCCCUGCCAGCCUCAGGACCAUCUCCUUAGCCCCUCGGCCUCCUUUUGUCACCACAGUGCCCCCAAGUGGGUGGGAGCCAGCCUGUUCCCCCGCACUGGGGGAUUGGCAGGCAACAAGGCUGCGGACCGGGGAAGAGAGAGAGGGAGUUCGCCGGGUGGGAGGCAGCGGGAGGUCAGGGGGGGACCUGCCAGGCUGGACUUGCACCUGGGAGCCAGGGCCGCACUGUCAAGGUCAUCGGUGGGUUUGUCUAAGAAGAGCUCUAGAUAGGUGGCUAGCUUUAGGAAUAUGCGCGUCACAGAAACUCCCGCAAAGAGCCCCUCAGGGCCUGGGAGGCGUGAGAGCUCGACUUGCCCACUGCGGACCGGGGAGCACGGCAGGCUGGGGGUCCUGAAUUUGUUCAUCGGGGGCGUCUCCUCAGAAGCAGAAGCAGGGUCAGUGCCCUCUGCGUUUCCCGAGGGUCCCAGAGCUGCCCGGAGUGGAUGCUGCUCUCGGGGAGAGCUUGGCAAGGCAGAACCCCACCCUCUCCAGCCUGCCUGGAAAGUUGGCUGAGAGGGCAUCUAAGGGAGUCCCCCUCCCCCUCCCCAGCCGGAUGUCCUUAGGCUGGGGGUGGAAGAGCUUGGUCUGGAUGAAAGCACUGGUUCGACACCCUCCUGGUGACCGCCGCCUGGAAAGAAUUCACGUCUGGAGGCCGGCCUGCCUCGGCUUUUUGGUGUGGAUAAAAGUCGCAAGUUAAGAGCAACUGACCAGCUGCGAACCAGCGAGUUAACUUUCAAAGAAGAGUUUCAGAAAAGAUGCUGCUAUUCGGUCCACAAACGCCGAGGGUCGUCAUUUUCCAGGUGCUGUUGGGAGAGGGGACAGGCGGCUCAGAGGGAGGGACGGUAGGAGCAGGAGUAGGACUUAGCUGCGGAAUUAGCGAGAGGAGCUACAUACAGUGAGGCUGAGUGUGGUCUGGUCUUCUGAACGGCUUGAAGGGGAGCCAAGGGGGGACCGUUGUUUCAAGUUCUGGUCUCACAGGUCUUUGGAGCAAAGAGGACAUCUCAGGUAGGCUGGAGUCAGAUUCCAGAAGGCGGAGGUCAUGGUGGGGGGCGGGGCUCAGAAAGUGAAGGGAUCACGAGGGGAGGGGUUUCCAGUCUGGCUGGAGCCGGAAGACCCUGAUGGGCGGUCUGAGAAGGUGGACUGCGGAACCAUCGUGGGGUCCACAGGCCCAGCUACGAGGUUUGGACGUCGGUCCAGAGGCCACACAUGGGGGUGGCUUGGUCUUGGGCCGCUACACCAGAAGACCACAGACUGGGGGCUUAAACAACGGACAUUUAUCUCUCGUACUUAUGGAGACCGGAGGUCCCAGAUCAAAGCACUGGUGGAAUAGCAGUCUGGCAGGGGUCUGCGUCCUGCUUCAUAGACGGCCGUCUUCUCGUUGUGUCCUCACAGGGUGAAAGGGGCAAAGCAGCUCUAUGGGGGUCUCUCUCAUAAGGGCACAAAUCCCAUUCCUGGGGGCGCCACCCUCAUGAUCUAACACCUCCUAACACACUGGAGACUGGAAUGUGACCAUGUGAAUUUGGGGUGAGGGGACGCAAGCAUUCAGUCCCUUGAAGGGAGCCUCCCACAUUCCUGCCUUCCUCUGUUCUCCCUCUCCCCGCAACAUCUGCUUUCCAAAGACACCUAGAGUAUCCCGUCCAUCUCCCUGUAACGUGGGCACAUGCUGGGCCAACGAUUCUUGGACGCGAACGUUUGUCUGGAAGACAUGUGACCACACAGAGUGUAUCCCCGCUCCCGGAGCUUCUGAUUCAACAAUCUGGGGUCUUAGAGGCCUUAGAAUUUGCUUUUUUUUUUUUUACGUUUAUUUAUUUGGAGAGAGAGAGGGAGAGAGAGAAUCCCAAGCAGUCUCUGCACUGUCAGUGCAGAGCCCGACGUGGGGCUUGAACCCACAACUGUGAGAUCAUGACCUGAGCCGAAAUCAAGAGUCAGAUGCUUAACCGACUGAGCCACCCAGGCGCCCCUAGAAUUUGCAGUUCUAGCAUGUUCUCACGAGGUGCUGAUGCUGGAGGUCCCAGGACCACACCUGGAGAACCCCUGCUUUAGAAUUACGGCAAAUCCUAACUGCCUAAGCUGGUUCUACUCCUCCUUGAGCACAACCACCA